UCCCCUGGCGCCUGCGCCCUCCCCGGCCGAUGCCAUGGCGGCGGCGGCGGCGGCGGGCGGCCCGCCGUGGCGGAAGGUGUUGUACGAGCGGCAGCCUUUCCCCGACAACUACGUGGACCAGCGGUUCCUGGCGGAGCUGCGGAAGAACGUGCGCGCCCGCCGGUACCGCUACGGCGCCGUGGCCUUCCAGUCGGGCGCGGUGGUGCAGCAGCUGUGCAGUGUGUGCGUCUUCGUGCUCACCUGGUGGUACAUGGCCGCGGGGCGGCUCAGCCCGCAGCGGCUCUUCGGGGCCGCCCUGGCCUCCUCCUUGCUCGGCUACGUCCUCUUCGACGCCGUGGACAGAGGGGCCGGGCGGCGGCAGAGCGGGAGGACGCGCUGGGCUGACCUCAAGAGCACGUUGGUCUUCGCCGCCUUCACCUAUGGCUUCUCGCCCGUGCUGAAGACGCUGACCGAGUCCAUCAGCACCGACACCAUCUACGCCAUGUCAGCCCUCAUGCUCCUCGGCCACCUCAUCUUCUUUGACUACGGCGCCAACGCCGCCAUCGUUUCCAGCACGCUGUCCCUCAACAUGGCCAUCUUCGCCUCGGUGUGUCUGGCCUCCCGCCUGCCCCGCUCCCUCCACACCUUCGUUGUGGUCACCUUCGCCAUGCAGAUCUUCGCCCUCUGGCCCAUGCUGCAGAAGAAACUGAAAGCCCGGACACCCCGCUGCUACAUCGGGGUGACGGUGCUCUUUGCGCUGGUGGCGCUGGCGGGGCUGGCCACCAUCUCCAGCGUGAGUGCCGUGCUCUUCGCCUCACUGCUGCUUGCCAUCUCCUGCCUUUGCCCUUACUGCCUCAUCCGCCUUCAGCUGCUCAAGGACAACAUCCAUGGGCCAUGGGAUGAGGCUGAAAUCAAGGAGGACCUCUCAAGGUUCCUCAUGUAGGCCUGGCCUGGGGGAGAGGUGACCUUCUGGUGUGAGCAGUGCGAAGGUCCUUGCUGGCGACAGCCCUGAGGGGAGGACACCAGCUCAAUAAAGCCUCUCACACAGCAAUGAGGACCAUGUUUGCAUUGCCCUCAGCAUCUGUUUCCAGACCCAACCUGCUUUGGUUUGCGAAAGGAAGGAGCUGAACCCCACAGGGUGGCCAGCCUGUGCCACAGCUCGGAGUGCAGGCAAGCAGAGUGGUGUGUGCUCCAGCCAUGCAGACCGGUAGCUGUGUUUUGGGUGGAAGGAGCUGUAUCCCUUGAGCAGAAACUCCAUGUGGAAAUGCACAUCUGGCUCAACCAAUCCCCACAGUAUGCCCACGAGGUCCUGAGCCCCAGGGACCUCACUGUGUGCGACAGCAUGUCCCUGGGAGGGCUGGGGGAGAAGAGGGGGCUGGGUGAGGGUCACUGCAGGCAAGGCAGAGGUGCAGGGUGGUGGGUGUUGCUGGACCCAAAAGACCAAACGGAAGGUUGCCUGGGGUGGUGCAGAGCCCUACUUGCCUGCAUCCUGCUGGUCAGUAAUGCCAGAACAGCCUCGCAACACUGCCAGGCAUCACGCUACCCUAAAUCUUUUAGGAAAAGGACGUAUGAGGAGGCAAGAUGCCUUCCUCCUUCCUCUAGCCCCCUCCCAGAUGUGGAUCUGUCAGGGCCAGACCCCUAGCGAGAAGGGUGGAGCUCAACACAGACCUCCACAGAUGCACCCACAGCAGUGGCUGUGCUUAGUUAGGUCCUGUCUGAGAGGUGUCUGUCCAGUGGCUGUCUAUCUGGCACGAGACACAUAGCAACCGAGGGCACUCCCAGCAAAAAGUCCCUUGGAGCUCCAGGGACAGGACCCUACUGGAGCUGACACCACCAGAGGGAAGGGAUGCGCACACCUGCCCCAGCUCCACCUCACAGGGAUGCAUUUGGCAUUACCCUGUUUUUGAUGAAACUGUUCUCUCUUGGAAAUCUAACACUGCAGAGGUGCAACUUUCUGCUUGAUUUACCACAUCCCUUUGCACGCCAGUGUCUCGCUACAGCCAUGUGCUCCUUAGGCUUUCUCGGAAAUGAGCUACCGCUGGUGGAGUCCCCAAGACCUCCAGUGCUUUGUUAUGGCUCUUGCCAAGCAUUCGUUAUUGCUGUUGUAGUCGUGGUGAUGACUACAUCUCAUUUUGCUUUUAAUUAAAGAAAACCUGUGGAAGUUUACAGCCUGUGAUCCAGUCUUGCAGGGAGCACAGAGUAGCCAGAUGCUCACAGUGAAGAUGACAAUUUUUAGUUCCUUGGAAAAAUGAUUGUUCCUCCACAGGGAGGUCUCCCAGAAAGCUGCUCAGUGAGCGGGAUGUUCCAUCUUGCACUGAGCCAGUGCCACUGGGAUGGUGCCAUCCAAAGCCAAUUCACAGAGUACAUUGGUAGAGCAAGGCUUGAGUGUAAAUCAAAUCUGGCCUGCCUGGUGCUUGUUAACGUCUACCACAGCAGAGGCUACAAGGAAGCAGAGAUUCUGUUGCACCCAUUCCCUAAGAAGAAAUAUAUCUCCCCAAAAAUAAUCUUCCCAAAUUCAGACUCAAAAGCAACUAAGUUAGGAAAAGAUGCACCUAUCAACUACCCAGACAUUCCAGGUGGGAAUGGGCACAGGCUGCCACGAUUGCCUAUGCAGAUCCCUGGGCUCCGAUUGCUUCAGCAGGUCCCACUCCAGGCAGGAUGCAGGCCGUGUCCUGGCCAGCCUGCUACAGGCAAUUUCUCUCCUUAACCUGGGAGAUGAAAAUAUAAAGCCCAGCCCACGGCCUGCAUGCUCAAAGGGACUUUGAGGGCAGGAAAAGUGCAAGAGAGAGCAAGAGAGAGGAGAUGCAAAGGCCUGGCAGAGUUUCCUUAAGACUUCCUGGCCUCCUGAAGACACACGCUCUGCAGCGCUGCUGAAGUUAUUUAGGAUGCUGAAUAAAUGGCCAUUAUGAGUAGGCCUUUAUGCUUGAGGUCAGAAUAUGCUCUGCAGAUCACAACUCUAUGCCCAGCUCUGCAGUGAAGCAGGGCGCCUUUUGGACAUUCACUACCUGCACCUACUGUUCUGUGGCUCCUCUGAUGAAGCAUGAGACCAAAGAAAUGGGUCCUUCUCAGUUUGCACACAACUGAAUAGCCAUCAACCAGCUCUGAAGAGUUAAAUGUUAUUUUGCAUUACAAGGAAGUGCAAUUUUUUUCUCUUAAGUUUCUAAGUCUGCUGAGAUUGAGUACUUCAAUGGGACAUUUUCUUUUGAUGGCCAAAUGUGAGUAAUUGUAAACUGGCCAGGGAUAAGCCUUGCUCCUGGGGGAGCUGCUGACACGUGCCGUCUGGAGUCUCCAUCUACAGCCUCUGCUGCAGGGAAAGGCAAGCACCAGCCACCCACACUGUACUGUCAGGGGCCUGUGGCCCUCCCUGUGAGGGAGACUGAAAUCUGGGAAGCUUGGAAAGAGGCAAGCUGUAGUCUUCGAAGGUAAGAUCUUUUCAUCUCUUCAAUUCCCACCAUAAUUACCAAGCUUUUCUCUGCACAUCAGACAACUUUGUGACAUGAGAGGUGAGAGCAACAACGUGUAUGAUCGGGAAACCAAAACAGGAUUUCAAACCAUCCAUUGAAAAGCAAUCUAGGACGCGUAAUGCCACCAGCUGGCGCAGCACCCUUAGCCACAGAACAUGUACCAUUGCUGAGUGGAAAUGGCACAGACAAAGUUUAACAGCUGCUUCAAAAAUUCAUCCCACGAGUUGUUACCAGAGAGCUUGCCAAGGUUUUCCAGCACAGCAAUACCUUUGUCUUUCUACUUGGGAGAUUUUAGGAAUAGCUACCAGAAAGCCAUAAAGUUCAGAGUCAUAUUUCCAACAAUAUUUUUUGUCAAAUACCUCAUAAGAAGGUGAAGAUUUCUGUGAAAGGUUUUAACACCAUAAAAUGACCGAAGAAAAAAGUUACAGCCUAAUGCAGGGGGAUCAGCUGCCAGCUAGGAGGACAGCAGCAGCUCCGGGUUGGGGUUGCUGGAGGGUAGGGCCAUACCACUAGAACGUCAGCCACCUUUUAUUUGUUGUUGGUUCAUCUGUUGCUACCAUGCCAUAUCCCAGAGGGAAUGCAGUGAGAGCUUCCCCCAGUGCAGAACAGCUUUUUGAACAGUCUGGAAUAAAAACCAGCUUGUGAAAUCCAGCCUGUUCCCAUUCCCUUUUACCUGAGAGGUGAAGCAUGGCCGGAACCUCCUCAAGAACUUGCUAGGUACAAAUGCCCUCCUUUCUGUAGUAGUUCUGAAAAUACACAAUUCCUGAACUCUGCUGUGGGUUUUUUUUUUGCCCCAGUACCUGACAGUGAUGAGUUCCACAGAUGAAAGACAUGACCAAACUGUGCUCCCUUCCUUAUCCCUUAAUCUUGGGACAGUUGCGUUCACGGAACUGUUGGGACCCUCCAUGUCUCCCCUUUCCUGAGGUGCUGGGAAGCACAUUGCCUAUCACUGUAUUCUUGCCAGCUCCAGCAAUUCCUAGUUUAACAUGUAUUUCAAAGGUCUAGCAGGAGCUAAAUCAGCUGAAAUAAGGAAUUACCCAAAUUCAGCAAAGCUAUGUGAGACGUGGCUUGAAGCAGAGCACAACCUGUGUUGUCAGGGCCCAUCUACGCAUACAAUACUGGUCUCUUCUCCUGCCCCCGUCCCUUGAGCUGCACUACUGCAGCUGCGUCUCAAUGUGAACUUCCUACUCCAAAGCAAUGUCUUGUUCCUGCUCCUGAAACAACGGGCUAGAGUUCUGACAUUGUGUUGUACCUCUACUUCA